AUGAUGAAAAUGUGAUACCGAAACAUCUGAUAAACGAGAAUUCGUUAUUAAUGUUUGAUUGGUGUGAUCUGGUUGUUAUCAGCAGAAGAGUUUCCUAGUAACACCCAUAGUUUAUGUUAUCAAAAUUUACGUCAGUCUUCCAAGAAUCGCAUCAUCGUUUAUUCAAUUGAAGUUCAUACGAUUGUCAAUGUUUAUUAUCGGUUAAAAAUAGACGAAAAUGUUGACAUUUUUCAAAUCAACGGGGAUAAAAUCAUGUGCACUUAUCAAGUGCUAUUCGCAGCGAGCGGGUGUGUUUAAAAUGAGCAGCAAUUGCAAUUCACAUACAAUAUUGCCAAAUCGGCGCGUUUUAGCUAUUCAAAGUCAUGUUGUACAUGGAUAUGUCGGCAAUAAAAGUGCAACGUUUCCACUUCAGGUCUUAGGUUUUGACGUUGAUGCAAUCAACUCAGUGCAUUUUUCUAACCAUACUGGCUACAAACAUGUCAAAGGACAAGUAUUAAGUGAUAAGGAACUGAACGAUGUUUUCAGUGGACUUCAGCAAAAUGGAUUGCUCAGUACUUAUUCACAUUUGUUAACCGGUUACAUUGGUAAGGAUUCAUUUUUAACCGAAGUUGGUUCCAUCGUCAAAGCCAUCCGAGAGGUUAAUCCGAAUUUUGUAUACGUGUGCGAUCCAGUGUUGGGUGAUAAUGGCCAUUUGUACGUACCAGAGAGUUUAAUUCCAAUAUACCAAGAUUAUAUUUUACCAUUGAGCGACAUUUGUACGCCAAAUCAAUUCGAAGCGGAAUUAUUGACGGGGAUAAAAAUAAAUUCGGAUGCAGAUGCAUGGAAAGCCACCGAAUGGUUACACGAGAAGGGCGUUAAAACCGUAGUUAUAUCGUCCACCAAUUUCGCGAAAAAUAGCGAAUUGAUUGGAUUUUUGAGCCAGAAAAACGGCAAUGCCAAGUCACGGCAUACCAUAUUUAUUCCAAACAUCGGCAGUGAUAUCGUAUUCACUGGUGUUGGUGACUUAUUUGCAGCCCUAUUCUUAGCUCAUUCCACCACAAAACCGAAUCUAUCCGAAGCACUUGAGUAUACUGUGGCCACACUGCAAGCGGUGUUGAGGAACACACUCAAAGCAUUACCAAGCGAUCUCGGUGGCAAAAAACCAACAGCACAACAACGAGAAUUGAAAUUAAUUCAAAGCAAAACUGACAUCGAAAACCCAACAGUAUCGAUUCGAGCAAAUAAAGUUCAGUAAACUUUGACAGCGAUGGCAAGCAACAAACGGACCUGUACAUUAAAAUCGAUCAUUGACAAUAAAAAGACUGUGUGCACAUUACAAUGUUUUUUUUCUUUCGCUUUCGUUGUGUGAAGGGAUGUUCAAAGAAGAGACACGUUUCUCACAGCCAUAUCCGUUCUCUUCUCAUGGCGCUUUUAUUCAAUAAUAAUUUAUUCAAUAUUCAAAAUUAGAUGUCUAUUGUGAAUGCAAAUAAAAGAAAUUUAGAACCAA